UUUCAUCAACUUUGUCUCCUCCUUUAUCUUUUCCCAAUUCAUUAUAACUUUCAAAUCACCCACAGGCUAGAACAUCAAUGGCUGCCACCCACAAAACACUUUUUAUUCUAACCUUCGCAUUGCUCGAAUGGAUCCUAAUCAUUAUGCUUCUUUUCAACUCCAUCUUCUCAUAUCUCAUCAGAAAAUUUGCUACUUACUACACUCUCAAACCCCCUUGUGUUUGGUGUUCCAUUAUUGAUCAUUUGUUUGACUCAAACAACAACGUAAACCCAUAUCAAAAUCUCAUUUGUGAAGCUCAUGCAACUGAGUUUUCAAAUCAUUAUUACCGCCCAGAUCGUCAAAAGAUGUCAACUGAGAAUGGGUGCUCAUGUUGCAACUCCAAGGUAAUGUCGGUUGAUAGAUCAUUCGCUAGCGCGUCAAAGAUUAAAUCAAAUUAUGAAGGAAAUGGAGUGGUAGAAUUUAUGGAUCUUCCUGUUGAGAAGAAGAGUCCAUACAUACAAGUUUUUGACCAGAUUAUCCCUCUUGAGUGGACUGAUUCAUCAACUAGUUGUAGCAGAUGUUCUAGUUUAAAUGGAGAUGAAGAUGAUGAUCAAGAAUUAAGAUUCUUGCAACCGUCAUGUCGAAAUGAAGAGAACAAAGAAGAUAAAGCCGUCACGAUUGAUAGUCUAACAGCAGAACUAAGAGCCGAAAGACUUGUGGUAUGUGGCUUAUAUAAAGAACUAGAUGAAGAACGAAAGGAUUCUGUAGUAGCGGCAAACCAAGCAAUGGUUAUGAUAACCAGACUUCAAGAACAAAAGGUGGCACUUAAGAUUGAAUCCAUUCAAAAUCAACGAAUGAUGGAUGAACAAGCGGAGUAUGAUCUAGAAGUUUUGCAUCUCUUAAAUGAACUCGUUAUGAAGCUAGAGAAGGACAAAAUUGAGCUUGAGAGCGAGCUCGAAAAGUACAAAGAAAAAGUUUCAGAUUAUGAGGGAAAAACGAAGGCGAAAAUGAUGCCAGAAUGUGUGCGUGUUUCAUGUAGCGUUACCAAGGAGCUGUUAGUUGACACUAAUGUUUCAGAUUCUAAGAAUCUAAGGGAACUUGAGGAAUCUAAUGAAGAAUUUGAGAUUGAGAAAAUGUGGAUUCUAGAUAAGCUUAAGGAAUUUGAUGACACACUAUCAAUGACAUUGACAGAUGAUCUAAAUGAGGGUAUUGAUGAACAAGCGGAAGCAUCUCAUUCUGCUUGGACCAGAAGCAUGUUCUAGGAAAGAUUAUGGAAAUAAAGUAGGCCGGAGUUGAAGUGUGACAUUGAUAUAAAUUUUGGAUAAUUAAAAUUGUUGUAAAGGGGAUUUGGAAUGUGUUUUGUGCAUAUUAAUCGAAAAAUGUAUUGUUUAUACCUUUGCUUGA